GUCUGCUUCACCCUCGACAGAUUUGUGUCUUUGUUUGAAUUCCUCUCAGAAGCUUUGUUUUUGUCAACUGUACCGUCGAUUAUCAGGAUUUAAUUCUCCACAACCCAUAAUAGCAGAACAUAGGUUGUUAUAUGACGUGGAUAUUUGGAAUUAUUCAGCUCUGAAACUUUUGCUGUCGCCUCAAUAAAAUGGAGGUAAAGAAACACAAGUGUUAGAUUUUUCAAGUGUAAAUGAGGGCUGAGUAUAUUUAUAUAUUAUAUCAUAUAUUCUUUGUGAUUUGAGUGACCUGACCUUUUAAAAAAUGCAGACUACAAAUACUGUAAAGAGGAUCCUUCCAGCCCGUGACCCUCCGAUGUGUAGUGACAGAAUAAGAAAGAAGACGUUUCUUAAGAAAGCGGCGGCACUAUUCACACCUCUUUAUGAAAGCAGCUCAGUGGAGUGCUGUGAUUAUAAGCUGUCAGAUGGGUUCUUCUUUGUGUGAUUCAAUGGAUUUGAUUAUAAUGGAAGGAUUCAGAGGAUAGAUUACAUCCCUCCAGGGAGGAGAAAUAGAUGGCACCGCUUACAGCUCACAACAAGCACCAGCCCUGUACAUCAGCUCUGUAAUGAUGUAAAAAUAUUAUUUAUAUACCACUUCUCUAAACACAGUGGUUACAUGGUGAUUCACAUAAUGAGAUCCUUUUCUGGCUUCUUGUGCAGGAGGCUCCUGCGGUUCCUGUGUGCAAACCAGCAGCUCACUGUACAUCUGUUGGAUACUGAACUUGGAACUAUUUCAGGCAUUAAAGUAGUGAAAGUGUAUUAGUGCUACUACUCGAUAUGUAAACGCAAAAGGCAAACAACGAUGAGCCAGCAGGAUUUUACAACGCUGGCCGAAUGCCCAGUAGCAUUCUGGCUCAGCUGCAGUUAACAGCACACAAACAGUGCUCUAUAGGGGAGGGCGUUACGCAAAAUAGUCCUCUAUUGUGGUGGGAGACAUCUUACAUUGUGAUAUUGCAUCAAUAUUUUGUUUAUUGUUAAAACAUCUGGAAAGGAAUGUCUGUUUUUUUUUUUACUAAUCCAGCAAAUUACACAUCUAAGAAAUGAAGCUAUUUCAUCAAAUUGGUGGAAAAAAAUCACAAGACUGUUGCGACGCGUCUCGGUGUGAUCGGCCCCGUCAACAACGCCCCUUUGCAAAGUGAGCGGGGGGUGCGGGGGUGCGUGUGCAACCAGGCAAUCAAACGCAAAGAACAGAGGAAAUAAAUAGGAUUCAAUGCAGACGUUGAGCUCUUGCUGUUGUAAACGGAGGAGCGGGGAAACGAUGUUUGUUUGAAGGGCUGAUUCACUCAGAAGAAGUCUGUGUGCUGAAGCUAAAUAUAAAGACAUUUUUGCAAUAUCAAAGAAAGCAUGUCUGAUUUUUAUUACAAUCAUAAUCUUCCAUCUCAGUUCUGUGGGCUGUAACACAAAACCUAGUUGGCUGAGAGUGUUCAUUCUGCCGAUCCCAGUUUUUGGUUGAUGUGCGUCUCUCUGAACAUCACAUCAGAAUGAGAAUGAGUCGCUGUCUGCUGAUUGUUUGCCCAUGAUACGACGUAUAGCGCUGCUGACCCAUUUCAAUGUUCCAGGUUUGACGGCCAGUCCGGAGCUUUCAGGGUUUACACGUGUGCCGGGCCAUCGAGCCCUCAGCUGCGCAGCCUUUUGAUCCGCAGAGGCAGAGCUCACGAUAAAAGGCUCACGGGGUCUCAGAGCUCGCACCAUGCGUAGACCUUGGUCUCUGGAGGAGGAACUCCGACAUGCACACUGCAUAUCUCACACGAUGGUAUUGCAGCGUGAAUGAAGCAGUGGGGUCUGCGGGGGGGGGGAAAGGAUCCCGAAUCACUUCCAGCUCCUGCGGCGAUGGGCUUUGCACUUCGCACCACCUGCGUAGUUGUCAAGCAGCAGAAAUCUCCUCUUUAAAGUUCAGUGUAUUGUAAUGUUGGAGAGUGACCUGCAGCCAUUAUACAGCACUUAACCUCGCCUGCUCUCGUCCUGGUUACAUCAUGUGCUCGAUGAUUUCCGAUCAGACGACCUCCUGCAGGAAGCGAAAUACUAACGAAAUGCCUCUAAUUUAUGUUUGCAUCUACCAUUUGUUAUUUUUUUCGUUAGAAACCAUUGAUUUCUGGGAUUUACCAAUGUUUCCUUAUUUUACCGGAUGAUAAAGAUAAAAGAUGAGAAAAAUACAUCUCAUUUUAACAGUCACCAAAUAAAAAAAAAAACUUCCGCAGUAGCAACACAAUAUUGAGAAAGUCUGAGUUCCUGUUUUCAACACAGACACCAUUAUUCAACCGUCUUCACUGACGAGAUUGACAAACUCAAUCCUCUUGAGAAGACAGAGUGGACGCUUGUUUUGAAGAGCGGUUACGCGAGGACGUCCACCAACUGGCAAACUCCAGGCGAACAGCGUCACGGCGCUUUACCGCAACCAACUGGAACGGAGUGGACCGAUGCUAACCCUCAAUGGUGCGCAGUCUGAAAUUGGAGCAGGAGGUAGAGAAGAACAAGAUCCUCUCCGAGGCGCUGCAGACUCUCGCCACAGAGCACCACGAACUUGAGCAAUCCGUCGUCAAGGGAUCGUCCCCGCGGAGCGCCCUGAGCGAGGAUGAGUUCCACGACGCCGUGUCUGAAUCAGACUCGGAGAUCUCGCUGAGCGACUUUGAGACGGUGGCCAGCCAUUCCUGCGAGGAGGAGGAGGAGGACGAAGGCUCGGUCAUGUUGAUGAGCGGCCCCACCGGCAUGCUGCGGGAGGAUCACCAUGGAGACAAGGACGAGACUCAACCCAACGGGAUCACAAAGCACAGGACCAGCUUACCUGCACCAAUGUUUUCAAGAAAUGACUUCAGUAUUUGGAGUAUCCUGAGGAACUGCAUUGGAAUGGAACUCUCCAAGAUUACAAUGCCGGUGAUUUUCAACGAGCCGCUGAGCUUCUUGCAGCGUCUGACGGAGUACAUGGAGCACACGUACCUCAUCCAGCAGGCCAACGCCUGCUCAGACUCUGUCGAGAGGAUGAAGUGUGUGGCUGCGUUCGCGGUGUCCGCUGUGGCCUCGCAGUGGGAGCGGACCGGUAAACCGUUCAACCCGCUGCUGGGAGAAACCUACGAACUGGUCCGAGAGGACCUGGGCUUCAGGCUGCUGUCGGAGCAGGUGAGCCACCAUCCUCCGGUCAGCGCCUUCCACGCUGAGGGCCUGAAGCAGGACUUUGUGUUCCAUGGAUCCAUCUACCCCAAACUCAAGUUCUGGGGCAAGAGUGUGGAAGCGGAGCCGAAAGGCAUCAUCACGCUGGAGCUGCCCAAGUACAAUGAAGCCUACACCUGGACAAAUCCUACAUGUUGUGUUCACAACAUCAUCGUGGGCCAGCUGUGGAUCGAGCAGUACGGAAAUGUGGAGUUGGUCAACCACAGAACCGGUGAAAGAUGCUGCCUGAAUUUCAAACCAUGUGGUCUUUUUGGCAAAGAGCUGCACAAGGUUGAAGGGUAUAUUCUGGAUAAAAGCAAAAAGAAGCUGUGCGCUCUCUACGGGAAGUGGACAGAGUGCCUGUACGUUGUUGACCCGGCCGCCUUCGAAGCGCACAAGAAGAGUGACAAGAAAGGAGCCGCGGAGAAAAGAAGCAGCAAAGCGGGCUGCAGUGAGGAUCACGAGGAGGAUCCCUCUCCAGCUGCAGACACCGUGGAGAUGAUUCCUGGCAGCCAGCUGCUGUGGAGAAUCGCACCCAGACCGGCCAACUCUACCGAGAUGUACAGCUUCACGUCCUUUGCCAUGCAACUAAACGAGCUGCAUAAAGAGAUGGAGGGAGCCAUCCCUCAGACGGACUGCAGGCUGAGGCCAGACAUACGAGCAAUGGAGAACGGCGACAUCGACCUCGCCAGUGAGGAGAAGAAAAGGCUCGAGGAAAAACAGAGAGCUGCUCGCAAGAACCGCUCCAAAUCCGAUUCCACUGAAGAGUGGAAGACCAGGAGUCCUGCCCUGGGCCCAAGGUGGUUUCAGCAGGGUCAAAACCCCCACACCAGCUCCCAGGACUGGCUCUUCUCUACUGGAUACUGGGACAGGAACUACAGCCAGCUACCAAACAUUUACUAAUGGACCUUUUCUGCAGACAGAAAUUAGCACCAUUCAGUGUCCUUUCUACGGAGCAGCAUUAACUGUGUUUUUUUUUUUUUAAUGUAAUGGCAACAGUAACUACAAGCAACAAUACAUAACUGCGUGGCCUUAAUCUCCUUUAUGAUUGUAAAACUGUGCAUAAAAAAUAAUCAAUAUUUAAAAGUUAUGAAAUGUGAAGUUCUUUGACAAUGCUUUGAAAUGUAGCAUUUGUAUUUCCAUUCAGACCGUUUUCUUUCUGUUCAUAAGGGAACUGAGGUGCUGAUGCACAGCGGUUCAUGCUUUUAGUUUCCUUCUGUCUUCUUUUAAAUGUUUAUAAUAAUAACUCUAAAUGUAUUCCUGUAUAUAAACUACACAGAUUCAACCAGUGACCUCAUCAUGCCGUUCACAUUCCCUCUGGACUCCAAACUCACGAGCAGUCAGUAAAUAUGAGGUUGUUUCUCCGGAUGUAGUUUGUCUUGUUAAAAAGAAAACAAUUAUGAAACAUACGUACAAAAAUCCCAGUUUAUUUUCUACAUCAAUAUUAAACUUGACUGGUGUUCAUUGUUUUUCCUCCCAGAAUUGUGUGAUUUCAUAAAGCACAUUUCGUUAUGUGAAGAGGUUUAUUAUUAUGUGUGUCGUUGAUUGGGGGGGUCAGAAGGUUUUUUUUGUUUUUUUUUAUGGUGUUUUUGCCUCCAUAUAGAGCAUUGAAAGUAUUUUAUUGGAAACUGAAAUAAAACACUUCAAUGUAUUCAUGUAUCUUUUUAUCAUUUAUGUGAAGUAUGCUUGAGAUGCAAGAAAAAAGUACAGAGGAGUCUGAGAAUAAUGUGUAAUCUGGUCUCUGCAACAAAGGUCUGUGUUUAAGUCCCAACCUGGAGGGAGACGAGAUGGACCGGACGAUCCAAUGGAACCCUUUUCUUAGAAGAUAAUGGACUUGGCAGUUUAGUUGGCACAGCUUCCAUAAACUAUGUAUGAAAAGAAAAGGAUGCAACAUGGGGUAUUUGCAUUAAAAAAAAAUGUUCUCAAGAUCUAGCACGUAAGCAACAAGAAGGAGCCUGUGCUGUCUGAUCCUUGCUGUGUGUUUCUACUGGCUUCAUGAUUCAUGGUUACCAGACUCGAUGUCUGAUCUGCUGAAGCCAGUCAUUAAGGACUGAGCUGGUAAAGGAGGCAGCCUAUUGAGAAGGAUUCUGCUGGAUGGAUAUAAUUAGUUUAUUUACAUCAAAAGCCAUAGAUCCCUUAAAACGACAUCAGGAAUAGCUGCUCAACCGUGUGACUUAAAUGCAUAUUUCUGGUCUCCUUUGGAAGCUGAGAAGCAGAGGAACAUGAAUCCAUUAUAAGUAAACCUAUGUCUAUUACCAUUCUAGAGUAAAUGGAGAUGCUAUGAAGAGAAAUAGAUUUGUAUCCUUGCUUUCAAAGGCAAUGUUGAUUAUAUCCAAGAUCUCCCGAAUGUUUUCUCCACUCUGCUACAACUGUGACUGUAAUUUGAUUGCAAAAAAUAUACCAUUUCUGAUACGAUUUAUGAAGAUAUACUUAUAAGAUAAACACUAUUUCCAAAACUUA